AUGGUUUCAUUUGUAAAUACAAAAGUUAUGGGCGCGGCCUUUGAAGUGACCGAUAGAUAUUCGGAUUUACAACCCAGGGGCAUGGGGAGCUCGGGACUAAUCUGCUCGGCGCGGGAUUGCUUCUCUAAUUCACAAGUUGCUAUCAAAAAAAUACCCGCGCCAUUCGAUACCCCAGCAUUGGCCAAACGCACGUAUCGCGAGGUGCAUUUGCUAAAUCACCUGCGACAUGAUAAUGUUAGUUCAAGCCCACUGGACAACCAUUUUCCAUUGCGUCCAGAAACUUAUUAUGAUCAGUUAAUUAACAUGACGGAUAUCUUUAUCUCUCCGUCUGAGGAUAUAUACAUUGUGACGGAAUGCAUCAUGACAGAUCUUCACCAUCUUUUGAAAUCCACAUCCAAGCAGUUGGAGGGUCAAUUUACCCAAUUUUUUACAUACCAAAUGCUGCGAGGGUUGAAAUACAUACACUCAGCCGGGAUCAUUCACCGUGACCUCAAGCCAGGGAACAUCUUGAUCAACGAUAAUUGCGACCUGAAGAUCUGCGACUUCGGCCUAGCCCGAGAACAAGAUGCCCAAAUGACAGGCUAUGUCGCAACACGGUAUUAUCGUGCACCUGAGAUCAUGCUCACAUGGCAGAAGUACACUUACGGCGUUGACAUGUGGAGCGUCGGAUGCAUACUGGCGGAAAUGAUCAUAGGGAGACCACUCUUUCCUGGCAAGGAUCAUGUACAUCAAUUCACGCUGAUCACUGAGAUCCUGGGCAAGCCGUCUGAGGAGGUGUUGAAACGUGUUUUCAGUUCAAGUACAUUGAAAUUUGUGGAGUCAUUGCCAAACACAGAGCCCCGUGGGCUUGCGUCUAUCCUCGGGGACGUUGACCCUCAAGCUCUUGAUCUGUUGGAGAAAAUGCUCAAGAUUGAUCCGUUCGAGCGAAUCACUACGGACGAUGCAUUGAAGCAUCCAUAUGUCUCGACUUACCAAGACUCUAGCGAUGAGCCUGUCUGUCGCAAGCAGCUUGACUGGUCACUUCUGGAUUCGGAGCUCAGCGCCACCGAGUGGAAGACCGCAAUGUAUGACCCCUUUUCUCAAUACCUUUUCAAUUGA